CCAAUCAGCUACGACUUUCUGCCGCUAUAAUUGUGAUAUAAGCUGUAUAAAUUUCGUGCUCUCUGCAGUCUGGGUUUUUACUUCUUCAACGAGCCACGCUACAGCCGCCAUGUUGCCUCUCCUGACCGUGUUUACACUGUGUUUCUCCGCUGUCCUCUCGGCUCCCAGCCUGGAUCCACAGCUGGACGAACACUGGAACCUGUGGAAGAACUGGCACAGCAAGGACUAUCAUGAGAAGGAGGAGGGCUGGAGGAGGAUGGUUUGGGAGAAAAACCUCAAGAAGAUUGAGAUGCACAACCUGGAGCACUCCAUGGGCAAACAUACCUACCGUUUGGGCAUGAACCACUUUGGAGACAAGACCAACGAGGAGUUCCGUCAGCUGAUGAACGGGUACCGGCAAAAGGCUGCCAACCAGAGGAAGUUCAGGGGAUCCGUGUUCUUGGAGCCCAACUUCCUGGAGGCUCCCCGUCAGGUGGACUGGAGGGAGAAGGGGUAUGUUACCCCUGUUAAAGACCAGGGUCAGUGUGGGUCUUGUUGGGCCUUCAGCACCACAGGAGCCAUGGAGGGUCAAGUGUUCAGGAAGACCGGUACUCUGGUGUCCCUCAGUGAACAGAACCUUGUUGACUGCUCCCGUCCAGAGGGCAAUGAGGGCUGCAACGGUGGUCUGAUGGACCAGGCCUUCCAGUACAUCAAAGACAACAAUGGACUGGACUCUGAGGACUCCUACCCCUACCUGGGAACUGAUGAUCAGCCCUGCCACUAUGACCCCAAGUUCAGCGCCGCCAACGACACUGGCUUCGUAGACAUCCCCAGCGGCAAGGAGCACGCUCUGAUGAAGGCCGUGGCAUCGGUCGGGCCGGUGUCUGUUGCCAUCGAUGCUGGCCACGAGUCCUUCCAGUUCUACCAGUCAGGUAUUUACUACGACAAGGACUGCAGCAGCGAGGAGCUGGACCACGGCGUCUUGGUGGUCGGUUACGGUUUCCAGGGGGAAGAUGUGGAUGGGAAGAAGUACUGGAUUGUCAAGAACAGCUGGAGUGAGAACUGGGGAGACAAGGGUUAUAUCUACAUGGCCAAAGACCGGAAGAACCACUGUGGCAUCGCCACCGCAGCCAGCUACCCUCUGGUCUAGUGUGGACCGCACCAGCAUGCCUCUAGUCUAGUGUGGACCAGACCAGCAUGCCUCUGGAGGACUCUCAGCCACAUUCAGGAGCCCAACAUUGUUGCUCAUGGCAGAUAGAAUACAGUGAAUAGAGCCAGAAUCAUUCCUUCUAGCUUUUGAGGUACAUGUUUGUUCUACACAGUAUUUCUAUCUGAAUGUUCCUAAAUGUUGCUGAAUGCAGCCUGGGAGGGUGUUCUAACUCAGCAGCUUGUGAUGUUAUUGGUCCUAGAGGACACUGUUCAACAGCCUGAAGGAGUUUGUGUUCCAAACAGCUCUAUUCCCUUCAUUAUGCACUACCCUUUUGAUUUUAAUGCUGAACUGGCUCAGUGAGUACUAGUUGGGAUGGCCCUGGUUCCUGAAGUGGUUGAAUAGCCAAAAACCACAUUUUAGGGAGAUAUUGCCAUACUGUUAUGGCAAAACAUUUUACACCUCUGUUUUAAAAUAAUUUUCAGUGCGUUUUUAGUCAUUGUAAAUAUGUGAUUUUAAGUGUUUAGGUAUUUUUUUUCCCCCAGUUUGGUUGAUAUUGUACAAAUGGAUUUCUUUUUCUAUGAUCGAUUAAACUUGUGAAACUAAAAGCCCUUUUUCAUUGUCUGCAUGGCCUACAUAAACUGACAGCUGAUGUCAACCUCCAACUCCA